AUGGAUUCCACCGCGGCGUACGUGGAAGUGGGUACGCCCAAGUACGUGCAAGGGACCGACCGACUGGACGUUGGCGUCCAUGGCGUUGAGCCCCGCGACACGGGGAUGACCAACAAGGACCAGCCCGCGCCGGACGGCCAAGUCGUGUCCAUGACCGAGCUCUUUGGCUACGCCGACGGCGUCGACAAGCUCUUGAUGGUGCUGGGCGCUAUUGGCGCGCUGGCUGCCGGUAUUGCGCAGCCGAUUCAGAUCGUGCUCCUUGGCGACGUGCUCAACACGUUCAACCCGUCGGACCCGAAUGCGGACAUUGAGAGCGACAUCAGCAGCGUCGCGCUGUACUUUGUCGGCGUCGGCAUCGCUGUCUUUGUCGCUGGGAGCUUCCAAGUCGCGUGCUGGACGAUCACAGCAUCGCGCCAAGCAAAGCGCAUUCGGAGCGAGUACGUGAGUGCGAUUUUGACCAAAGACAUUGGCUGGUUUGACGUGAACGAGCCCAUGGAACUGGCCUCGCGGGUCGCCGAAGCGACUGUGGCCAUCCAAGAAGGAAUGGGCCGUAAAGUCGGCGACGGACUCAAUUUCUUCUCCAUGGCGGUCUCCGGCAUUGUCAUUGGACUUGUGAAAGGCUGGGAGCUCGCGCUGAUCUUGCUGGCGUUCACACCGUUCCUUGCCGUGACGGCGUUCUUGUCGAUGAAAGUGCUGUCGACGGCGACACAAGCUGGACUCACGUCGUACGGUAGAGCUGGUGCUGUGGCGCAGGAAGCGCUGAGCAACGUGCGCACGGUGCACAUGUUCAACUCGAUUGGGCACUUUGCUGCCAAGUACGACGAUGCGUUGGGCAUGUCGACGACUGCCGGCAUAAAGAAGGGACUUGCGGUCGGAUGGGGCACUGGAAUCAUGUUUGGCACGAUCUUUUUCACGUACGCAGGUGGAAUGUACUUUGGCGCUCUUAUGGUCGCCAAUGAUAAUCUCGAUGGCAACAAUUGUACGGGAAACGGCUGCUACGACGGCGGACGGGUGAUCACGGUGUUCUUUUCUAUCAUCAUGGGCGCCAUGGCGAUCGGACAAGCUGCCCCAAGCGUCGAGGCGAUUACAUCGGCGCGCGCUGCUGCGUUUCCCGUGUUCCAAACGAUCAAUCGUCCGUCGCUGAUUGAUCCGAUCAGUGACGACGGCAAAAAGCUGGACAAGGUGAUGGGUCGCAUUGAGAUUGACAGAGUAUCGUUUGCUUACCCGUCGCGCGCGAAUGUACAAGUAUGCAGCAACUAUUCGUUGACAAUCAUGCCAGGAGAGACGGUAGCUCUUGUUGGACCUAGCGGCAGCGGCAAGAGCACGAUUGUAUCGUUGCUCGAGCGUUUCUACGACCCGCUGAGCGGCGCCGUGACCCUUGAUGGUGUGGACGUGCGAUUGCUGAACGUGAGAUGGUUGCGUUCACAGAUUGGAUUAGUAGGUCAAGAGCCGUCGCUCUUUGCGACAUCCAUCAUGGAGAAUAUUCGCUAUGGAUGUCCGUCAGCUACGGACGAGCAGGUGAUUGAGGCAGCAAAGAUGGCGAAUGCGGACAGUUUUAUCAGGGACUUCCCCCAGGGGUAUCGGACUGAAGUGGGUGAGCGCGGCGCUCAACUUUCGGGUGGACAGAAGCAGCGGAUUGCCAUUGCUCGUGCGAUUAUCAAGAAUCCACCGAUCUUGCUGCUGGACGAAGCUACUAGCGCGCUCGAUACGGAGAGUGAACGAAUUGUGCAGGCAUCGCUCGACCGCCUACUAGCAAACUCGACCCGAACAACAAUCAUCGUUGCACACCGCUUGUCCACGAUCCGCAACGCCAACCGUAUUGCAGUCCACAGCGGUGGUGCGAUCGUAGAGAUCGGUUCGCACGAUGAGUUGAUGAAGCUGGAAAAUGGGCACUACCGUCUCCUAGUACAAGCUCAGGAUCGCGCUUCGAGCGAAGAGACAGAAGGGAGUGUUGCUGAAGACGCGACUAUAGCAAGCAAGGAAUCACCUGAUGAUAUGCAUCUGCGCUCUGGUCGAUCAUCACGACGAUCGGCCAGUCGACUGAGCGAAUCGGGGAAGGGAGGUGUCGUGAACACGGUGGAUGAAGAGGAAAUCGGUGACGCCGAUCUUCCUCCGGUCUCGAUGGCGCGAGUUUGGAAGAUGUCAGCGCCAGAAUGGAAGUUUCUGCUUGCCGGUUCUCUCGGUGCCAUUGUGAACGCUGCGGUGUUCCCAGUGUGGGGCGUCCUAUUGGUGAACAUUACCGUGCUCUUUUUCAGGGUCGACUACACCAAGGACGAGAUGAUGGACGAGGCGCGAUGGUGGGCACUCGGCUUCGUCGGUCUGGGACUCGUGUUUGCUUUUUCGAUGACUUUGCAGCAUUACGGAUUCGCCGUGGUGUCGCAGAAGCUUGUUACCCGUGUGCGAUCGGCCACGUUCAGUGCGAUGCUGCACCAAGAAAUCGGCUGGUUCGACCUGGACGAGAACUCUUCUGGUGCGCUGGUGUCUCGUUUGGCAACGGACUCUGCUAUUUUGCAGGCUAUGACAUCUGAGACGCUCAACCGAGGAUUGGUGAACCUCACCACGAUCUUCAUUGCUUUUGCAAUUGCGUUCUCUUACAGCUGGCAAAUGACCCUCAUUUUGCUGGCAGCCUUCCCUGUGAUGGUUGCAUCCUCGUUCAUUCAGGCCCAGCAAAUGGCGGGCACAUCUGGCAACAAGACGAACAACGAUGCUGAUACGGCGGCAGGCUCACUGUUGUCCGAAGCAAUCGGGUCGAUUCGAACGGUCGCUUCAUUCAGCAUGGAAGAAGCGAUGAACACGAUGUACGUGAGCUACUUGAACGUGUCGAAGGAAGCUGACGUCAAGAUUGGCGUCAUUGGAGGCAUGGCGUUUGGCGUGUCGCAGGGCGCGAUGUUCUUGGUGAUGGCGUUCCUCUUUUACGUCAGCGGUCGCUGGAUUUCGCGUGGAAUCAUCACGUUUGAGGAGUUUUUCAUGGUCCUGAUAGUGAUCAUGCUCAGUACGUUUGCUAUCGGAAUGGCUGCACAAGGUGCAACAGAUGGAGCCAAGGCCAAACGAUCGGCCCAACGUGUGUUCAAAGUCAUCGACCGCAAGCCGCUUAUCGAUGCGACUUCGAGCACUGGUCGGUCGCUCGACCACGUGGACGGCAACAUUGAGUUCUGCAACGUGGAGUUCGCGUACCCCGCUCGUCCCGACGCCAAGAUCUACAAGAACUAUAGCUUGAAAGUCGCGCGUGGCCAAACGGUCGCGCUCGUCGGCGUCAGCGGCAGCGGCAAGAGCACGGCGAUCUCACUGCUGGAGCGGUUCUACGACCCUGCGGCUGGCGUGGUCACGCUAGACGGCCACGACCUCAAGGGCCUGAAUUUGCAAUGGCUGCGCGAGCACGUGUCGCUCGUCAGCCAGGAGCCGGUGUUGUUUGCAGGCACGAUUGCCGACAAUAUUGGACUCGGCAAGCCUUCUUCGACGCGAGACGAGAUUGUCGAGGCGGCAAAGCAAGCCAACGCGUUUGACUUUAUCAGCAAUUUCCCGAACGGCUUUGACACGGAUGUCGGCGACCGAGGAGCUCAGGUAUCGGGCGGCCAGAAGCAACGCAUUGCCAUCGCUCGCGCUAUCUUGCGGGACCCGGACGUGCUGCUGCUGGACGAAGCGACGAGCGCGUUGGACAACGAAAGCGAGCGCGUCGUGCAGGCGUCUCUCGACCGGUUGCUCGCGCUCAAGCAGCGCACGACAAUCAUUGUAGCCCACCGCCUGUCCACCAUUCGCAACGCCAACGUCAUUGCUGUGACCCACGACGGCGCUAUCGUAGAACAAGGCACACACGACCAGCUCAUGCAACUGCCUAACGGCCUGUACAAGGGCCUCGUAGCGCGCCAGGUGAACGCACAUUAG